CUCAUUCUCACAGCCACGUUGAUAAGGUGAGGGCAUGUAGAAUCCGCUUAGGCCAUGCUGUCGUGCGGUACGGAACGCUCCUUAGUGUCUUUCUACUAAGAUCCUGCUCCAACCACCCCAGCUUUACACAGCCCUGUACGCCCGUGUUGCCGUCUCAUUUGGAAGAGCUCAGCACAGGUGGACCGUGAUCAGGAUGGAAUCCUUUGCUUACGGAACCAACAAAAUGGAUGAAUUCUAUGAUUGUGGGCCUGAUCUGCUUUCUGAUCGAGUGUCAUUCCAAGCACUUAUUGAUGAACUAUAUCCGACAGACACAAAAAUGCAAUUAGACGUCGAGUUCAGUAGCCGUGGCACCUCGCCGACCGGUCCUGAUACUCCACCGUCAUCUUCUGGUGGUCAGGAGGAGAUUGCUAGCCCUGAGGAGGAACACGAACAUCAAGCCUUCGCUCCGGGAGCACUGAUGACAGAAAUGCUUGCCGGAGUAGGAGGAUCCACCUCUAACGACGCGAUGAGGUCAGGAGCGAGCAUCUGUUAUGGUCUCGACACGAUCGAUCCAUCAUCCUUCCACGAUCCUUAUCUGGAAGUAUCAUCACCCGCCCAACAUCCCGACAGUCAAAUGCCAGCUUAUACCUGGCAAACUCUCCCAGAGGUCUCACGACGCUUCGAGUCUGCCUAUACCGCUAAUCUCUCGUGGGCGGAUGCUACUCUCACUGCUGCCAGCUUCGAUACCUCCCUUUAUACCCCUGCCGCCCAGCCGAGAUAUAUUGGGUUGUCACCACCUCAGGUCGGUAUAGGUAAUAUCGGCUACCAGGUUGGGCUUCAGCCAACAAGUUUGACCGACUUCGAUAUAACACAACAGUCUGUGAGUGGUGUAGACCGUUGUCCUCAGGUUCCGGCGACCAACCACAACCACAACACAUUAGCUCGACCACCAACGAUGCUCGAAGGGACAGGUAGCUUUGCUAGACAGGAAACACCACAUGUCGAGACAGCUCAACUACCGAUAAGAAACAACAUGUAUCGCUCUAGAGAACUGUACACUUCUCGCUCACCCGAAACGACUCGACGUGGUAUGAUACCCCAGCCAUCCUCAUCUCGAGGGUCGAGUCCCAGGGCUGCCAACAAAGGAGGUCGCUCAGGUGGUCUUGACGACGGAACAAGAGCACAUGCCAAUCAGAUGCGAAAGUUGGGCGCGUGUUGGAUAUGUGCCUUCCAAAGAGAUCAGUGCGACCCCGGAAGUCCAUGUACCCGAUGUCAAGAUCGAAGCAUCAGAGGAUCACUACACAUGUUGCCCUGCUCGCGCAUCCACCUACAAGAACUAGUCCACCAAUUUCUUCCAGCCACAAUGAACAGGCAGCAUCGUCGUGAAGAGAUUAUAUCGUUUGCAAAGAAGAGUUUGGGCUUCUGGAGAGCUAAUACAGCUUUUCAGGUGCAUCUGACGUCUCUCGGGAUGGGUCAAUUCGUGUGGGAUCUGCAUGAGUAUGAGCCGUCAUCCACGGACUUGUUAUUGCAGAAAAGAUACAAAGUCGGGCUGUCUGGCACAUGGCAGCGUGUCGAGAAGAGAUCACCACCGCUGGCGCUCAAACAGGUCAACUUUGGCCAGACUCACAAGCUUGAAGACUACGUGGACCAUAUCGUUGAUCGGUACCUCCAACAGUUUCAAGACCAAGCUUACUAUGGGGAAGAGGACUCAUGCGCCAUGUUUCAAAACGAGCUACUCGGAGCCCUGUGUAGACUUUACACUAGUCUGCCGGAUGAAGACGAUGACAAAACUCUCAAAGGCGAUCUGCGCCAUGUCAUCAGGAUGCUCGUACUAACCUGCAUUAUGGAUCAUCCCAUCACCAUCGUCGACGCCCAAAGAGACACGACCAUCAGAAUGAUGCAAAGCCACAACAACCCCCAAGUCUACGAAGCAUGGACCUCACCCAUGCUAGCCAACCGACAACUCAAAUACUUCUUCUCCGAGAUGCAAACACAGCAAUACAACAAGAGUCUCAACCGCUUGCAUCAGAUCCUCCGCAAAGCAGGAGAUAAGAACAAGUUAUGGAUGUCUUCGUUUGUACUCAUGCUUGGAAUUGCCCUUGUACUCGAGCAAUGUCAACACUUGCUAUGGAUCAAAGCAGAUGCAAAAGUUGCAAAAAGAGAAGUCUCACCCAUCGAUGCGGAAUGGGAAGCCCGCACCCAUUGCAGAGAGAUGGAUGAUGGCUUUGAGUUCUUGUGUAAACUCUACCACUGCAAAUACCGUGGUAAACACAGACAAAAGACCCGAUAUGAAGAAUUGAAAAACAAGGUGUCAAAUGCUGCGGAAGCAGAGUUUGCAGAGAAGAUUUAUGAUAUUGUGGACAGAAAUGGGGGAUAUCUUUUGUAUCGUCAGAGUUUGACGAUUUCGGGUAUGCAGGAGAAUAACCAUGUUUCUAGGUUGGUGGCUAGGUUUCUGGUCGAGUUGAUGGGAUUGACGCAAUCUUCGCCUUGAUGGCUUGAUAACGUGCGAGAUGAAUGACAGAGAAAACGAGGUUGGCAAGUGGGAAAGCCCAUGACAUUAAUGACGGAUCAAUGACAUGAGCAACGACAAGAACAACGACAGAGAGCGAAAAAGGAGGCACCACAUUCGGUAUCGAGAACGAAACAGGAUCUACACGUAAACCAUUCGAUAUAUCAAGAAAAGUGACAUGUAAGGAAGCGCAAGUCAGACUCCAACACCAUUGAUAUUAAGGAUUCAAAAGUCAUGAGAAGAGAACCGCCCUUCUAUCAUCUCUCUCGUGCGGCAAUAUGACCCUCGUACCGUGGGAAGGUCGAUAACAAAGGUUGAUUAUCCGCUCAUUUGUUAUGAAAUGUGUUUUGGGAGGCAAAAGAAAAUACAAAGUUCAGC